AUGGAGCGUGCCCUGCACUGCACGCAGUUCCAGCCCUCGGGUGUUCCACAAAAGCGCGGAACAAAAAGCUGUGCCUGCGUUUUGCGCCUUCCCCAUCCGACUGGCUCAGGCAGCCAGGAGCUUGACGGGCGCACUCUCCCCUGCCGGAAUCGUGAUCCUCCUGUGUCUGCUGGGGUUACCACCGCCACCCGUGAGCGCCCAGGCCGGGACCUCGUGCCCACAGGUCUCCCCUGGGGUUUUUUUCCAAACCGCCAGUGCCAGUCCCAACCUUGGCCACAGCUUGCUGCGUCCUCCUCUCAGGGAUCGGCUCCCGGUCCCCCGGCUCUGCCCCCAGCACCCGGAGCCAGGACCCCGGAAGUGCGCGCUGGCGGCUCCAGCAAAGAAAAUCCCGAGGGAGCAGCUCUGUACUUUGUCUCUGGUGUGUGUAUUGGACUGGUCCUCACCCUAGCUGCCUUGGUGAUGAGGAUCUCUUGCCACAUAGACUGCUGUCAGCAUUCCCAGAAGCUUCUGAAGGACCAAGAAAGCAGCAGCAAUAGCAGCGACAGCGAGGAUGGCAGCUUGGAUGCAGCAUCUGACAUCUCAGUCAGGAGACAUCGGCGCUUUGAGAGAACUUUGAACAAGAAUGUCUUCACCUCAGUGGAGGAGCUGGAGCGAGCCCAGCGGCUGGAGGAGCGGGAACGUAUCAUCAGGGAGAUUUGGAUGAAUGGCCAGCCUGAGGUUCCUGGCACUAGGAGCCUGAACCGCUACUACUAG